AAAUGUAUGCGCGACAGUUGGAUUUAACAAACAAAACCGUUCGUAUACCUCACUGAACAAAACACUGUUUGCGUUUUCUAUGGCGGUUGUAACGGUUCAAUUUGCGUUGUCGACUUGAGACUGGUUAGGGAAUGAAGAAAAUAUCAUGCAUGGUACGUUAUUCAUAUGAAGAGAAUGCCAGUGUGUUCAGCUAACGAAGUUGAAGAAGUUUCCAAUCUUCUGAUUGACGGUCAGUGGUAGUAGCUAGCUUUCUCAGGUGGUUAACUCGACAACUGUUGUGGCAAUGACUUCCAGAGGUAGAGGAACCCAAAAGUCAAAUAUAACUGGUGCAAAAAUAACUUCACGCAAUGUUAUAUCUUGUUAUAAAGUCGGAUACACCUGGAACCGAGGUGGAAGACUCAAGGAGUUGAGAAUAAGGCACCUUGCACGGAAGUUUCUCAAACUAUGGAUGCAGAAGACCUUUGGACGUGUUCAUCCUUACAAAGCCAGGUCUCACCAUCGCAGAGUGGUGCUACAGCGGGCUCAGGGGGGCUGGAAGGAUGAGUGGUGGACAGCCAGGAGGGAGUGGAGCCUCACAGUGAGGGCAGAUUGCCAUUACAGGUAUUAUCUGUAUAACCAGGUGUUCCAUGGCUGGCAGAGGUGUGUGUCUUUACAGAAGGAGGAGAGGAGGAUAUUCCAAAAAGCAACAUGUUUUGCUGAGAGGUGGUGUCAGCGUGUGGCCUGGGACAGCUGGGAAGUAUACAUCGAGAUGAGGAGGAUGAAACACAGGAUGCAAGAAUCUGCUCUUCAGUUCCGGAAACUCACAGCUCUACGUUGGAUGUGGACUGUGUGGCAGACUGGGCUGCAGAGGAGAUAUGAUGCCUGUGUUAUGGAGGACCAAGCACUGCAGCACUGGGCUCUGAUGCUACAGGGCAGAGCAUGGCUUCAGUGGAGAGAAGUGUACAUGCUCGCCUGUAGUUGGAGAGAGAGGGAGUCCAAGUCUUCACUGCACUACAUUCAUGGGAUGCAAAGAAAGGCGCUUUGUGGCUGGAUCAGCUAUGUUCACCUCCGCCAAACUAAGAGGAAACCACAAGAUGUUGCGGUGCGAGCCUGGCAACUCCAGUUGGUCAGGAGGUAUUGGUUUGUGUGGAAAAGUGGACUACAGAGCAGACAGAGAGAGGUGGAGAGAGGGCAGGCUUCUUAUAGACUGGCACAACGCAGCACACAGCGCAGGGCACUGGAGCGCUGGAGACACUACAGGAGGAUGUGCAUGCAGGAGUCUGAAAGAGACCAGGCUGCAAGUCAACACCAACACCGCCAUCUACUGCACACUGGAUUGAGAAGUCUGACCCUCAAUGUCACUCGGAGCAAAACUUAUCGUCUCAACAAGAACAUCGCUGUCCAGCAUCAUCAUCACACUGUAACAUGCAGAUAUUGGAGACUCUGGCAGCAACGUCUUGAGGAAGCUGAAGAUCAGGGACUUCAGAUGCAGAUGCAGAUGGCACUGACCCACUACAGCACUUCACUGCAGAGCAAUUGCUUGCGCCACUGGAGAGAGCAGCUUGUUGAACACAGACACAUGCAGGGGCUGGAGCGUCGUGCUGAGGCCUGGUUUGCUGACCACAUCUUUCCACAGUGUCUUGACUCAUGGGUUGAGUUUACCUGCCAGAGGAGACAGCAUAGGGAGAGGACAGAGCUGGCACAACUCCAUAAUCAGCAGCAUCAGUACACUUGGGCCUUCUAUACCUGGUGGGGACGUUCAGAGGAGAGGAAGGAGCAGAGACUGGCUGAGAGGAUGGCCUUGCUGCAUGAGGAGAGGUCGUGUUUGAUGAGAGCCUGGGACCACUGGCAGCGGAGGGCGAGGCAACAACAGGAGGAGAGGGAGAAGCAGAGAGCCUCUGACACACUGUACCGCCGUACUCUAGUCCACAACACACUCAGCCAGUGGAAGGACAAUGUCACUGUGAUCCGGGACAGGCGAAAACGAGAGGAGCAGGCAGGUCGACAUGGUGAUGUGCGUUGUGUGAGACACGCCCUGAGUGGCUGGAGUGAGUAUGUCCAGCACAGAACAGAGAAGAACAGCAGGCUGGAUCAGAUGGACAGUUACUAUGAACACAGACUUCUCAAACACACUUUACAGGCCUGGAAGGAGCAUCACCUCCAAAGACAGCAGGUCUAUGAGCAUGUAGAGGAGCGCUACAGUCAACAUCAGAAACACUUCCUCAGGAGGAUUCUGCGUGUGUGGAAGGAGAAUGUAGCCCUGUUGGCAGUAGCCAGCAGCAGAGAGAAGACAGCAGAGAACCACUACCAGCACUGCGUUCAGGUUAAGGUGCUGUUGGGAUGGAGGAAAGCCACAUCUUGUGCAGUGUCAAACUGUCACCAGCAGAGAGAGGCAGUGAGCAAGGCUCAGACUCACAUGGAUAAAGUGCGGCAGGAGGCGACUUUCAGGAGAUGGAGGGAGCGAAGCAGAGAGGUUGUGGAGGACAGUAUAGGCAUGGAGAAAGCCAUAAGGCUCCACCACCACUCUCUUCUCUGCAGAACAUUCAGAUCAUGGACUAUGUACCAGCAGCAUCAGCAGAGCUACAAGGUGAUGAAAGGGAGAGGCCACUUGCUGCUGAGACAGAAGACAUGCCAGCUCUUCUUUGCACACUGGAAAAUUGUGCUGCAGCACAGAAGGAGAGAGGCUGAGCAGACAGAACUGGCCCUCUGGCAUUGGUCCCUCAGUCUCCAGGCCAAGGUGCUGGAGGCCUGGAGGCUGUGGGUCACAGAGCAGGACAGAAAGCAGGAAAGGCUGGCCCAGGCUGCCCAGUUCUAUAGAGAUCAGCUGCUGAGGGAAGGAGUGGCCCACGUCCUCACACACGCCGCUCAUAUGGGCAGCUUCAGCACCAACAUAGCACUGCACAGCCAGGAGCAGAGCUUGCGGCGUCUCCAAAGGGUGGUGCUGCGUUGUGCCAUGCAGUGGAAACAGCGGGCCCUGAGUGGACCACACAGGGCGAGACCGCCUAGAGCGACAGCAGUGCCCCCCAAGAAGAGUGUGACCUUCUGUUUACCCAGCCCUGACCCAGAGUGCCGCACCCACAGCCGUACACAUACCCAGAGUGGCAUAGUGGGGCAGAGAGCAGGAGACGGCAUCCUCAACCACCUGGUGGCGGUGCGUGCUUCUAGACUGCAGCCACGGCGGCCUAGAGAUCUGCUUGACUCCCCGGUCAAAGAGCUGCUCCCACCUACAGCUCCUCUACAUCAAAGACCCAGUCCUCUUCCACAUCAAACCAAGGUCCCAGUGACAGCGAACCUUUACCCUGCUGCAGCCUCCAUCCCCAUCUCUCCCAUACGGGCACACCCAGCUCCCCAUCUCAGUUUCCCAACGGCCCCACAUCAUGAAUCACUAGGCCAGGACUUACUCCUGCCCCCUUCCUCAUUCAUGGCCACCCACACUCAAACUAAGGUGAGGCAGCCUAGUGGCUCAUGGGAAAGUGACUCCUCACUACUGCCCCCCAAUGAGUUCUCCACCUUACAUCAACAGCCAGAGUCUGAUGGAGAAGAUGUGUUAACUGAGGAGGAGAAUGUGGAUCCCACUUUAGCCUGGACCAGAGAGCUGCUCAACAUCCGUCUGGACAUGCUGCGCUUCCAACAGGACCGCAAGCUACUUCAGUCGUGGCGAAGACUUGAAGAAGUGUUGAGAAGCUGGCUGCAGACGAGUGGAAGUGAGGGAGAAACUGAGGAGAGUUACACUAUCCGCAAAGAGUUGGAGCAGCUAGAGGAGCGUAUUGGCAGGCUGUCAUCUGAGCUGGCAGAGCAGAAGCCUGUGAUGAUCCUCCACGCUGCCAGGAUCCACAGGAUAGAGAGUGUUCUCCUCCAAAGCAGCACGGCCACAGGACAGGGUCUGGGACAGGCCAUUCUCAGUAGGCCUCCAGAGCUACUGCUCAUCACUCCACACUAGGUGACAUGACCAGGGCCGUCCCAGUGCCAUGAGUCAGGAGGAGGAGGAGGAGCACUAUAGACCUAUAUAAAGGAGCACAAGGACUUCUGAUGAGACUACACCUGUCCAUAUUUUUGACAUGUCAUUCUCUACUGGUUGUUUUUAUAGUAUAAAACCAUAAGAACAGAAUUAUUCAUGGAAAUUCUUCAAUUGUAGCUUUUGAAUUUAUUAUCCUAAUCUUGGUGAAAAUCGGUUUGACUAAGAAAGAAUGGCAUGGCAAGACAGCUGUGUAAGAUUUAUGUUUGAUUUGACUAAGUUGUAAUGGCCUUUAUUUUACUGUAUACUGUGAAUUACAUCAUAUGUUGUGUUUUUAAAUGAUUUAAUAAAAUACUGCCUUCAGAAAGUAUUCACA